AAAUUCAGACCCAGUCCUCUUGUUCCAUGGACGGACUGGUUCACCCUUUCGCACGAUAACUUAGUUGUAAAGGCCGACAAAUCUUUAAAAUGUUCGCCUUUAGAGGCAGGCAGGCACAGUUCUUGAGAACAUGUCGCAGCUUAUGCAAGACACCACUUAGCACAUCAUCUGCUGAGACAAGACAUGCAUCUCUGCCAUGGAUUGCAGUUGGUGCCAUGGCUGCAGGUGGCCUUGGCACUGGAAUGCUUUUACAACCAAAUGUAGAGGCUAGUGGUGAUGUUGCCCCACCUUCUUUUAGUUGGAGUCACAAUGGAAUGUUUAACUCACUUGACCAUGCCAGUGUUCGGCGUGGCUAUCAAGUCUAUAAGCAAGUUUGUCAAGCAUGCCAUAGCAUGCAGUAUAUUGCAUUUAGAAAUCUGGUAGGGGUAACUCAUACUGAAGAUGAAGCUAGGGGUCUUGCAGAAGAGAUUCAAGUUGUUGAUGGACCAGAUGAUGAAGGGAACAUGUAUGAAAGACCAGGAAAGCUUUCUGACUAUUUCCCAAAUCCAUAUGCAAAUGAAGAGGCUGCAAGGGCUGCAAACAAUGGUGCUUAUCCUCCAGAUCUUAGCUAUAUAGUGUCUGCCAGAAAAGGUGGUGAGGAUUAUGUAUUCUCAAUUCUAACUGGUUACCGCGAAGAUCCACCGGCUGGCAUUGAAAUCAGGGAGGGUUUGAACUUCAAUGAUUAUUUUCCUGGCCAAGCCAUUGCCAUGGCACAGCAGCUUUAUCCAGGAGUUGUGGAAUAUGAGGAUGGUACUCCUGCUACAGUUAGUCAAAUGGCAAAAGAUGUUUCAACCUUCCUUCGAUGGGCAUCAGAACCUGAAUUAGAUGAUAGAAAGCGAAUGGGAAUCAAGGCCUUGACGAUCGUGUCUGCUCUGGCACUCAUCUGCUUAUACUACAAAAGACACAAGUGGGCGGUUCUGAAGACUCGGAAACUGGUCUACAAAUCAAGUUGAAACAAUUUUUUAUGUAGAUUAACGCACUAUAUUGAGAUUGUUUGAAAAUUGAAACUUCCUAUGUAAAAAUAUUUGCCUGGUCAGAUCUCUGAUGAGUUGCUCUUUUAGAAAUCACAGUGUUAUAUGUACUAGACUUGUUAUCCUUUCAUUUUAAGUUCACCAGGUAAUCAAACUAGGUUCUCUCCUUUGAAUUUCCAUAAACGACACGCAAUACUGAUUCUUAUUUUGUCGUAUGAAUGUGUAUGAAUAUUGUUGUA